CCAAUGGCUAACUGCGCACUUCCGUCGUGUCAUUUUGCACAAUUGCACUUGAUGUUGUGCUCGCUCAAUUAUGGCAGGUAAGAGAGCCUUAGUAAUCCUGUCAAAGGGUGCGGAGGAGAUGGAGACAGUUAUCCCGGUGGACAUCAUGCGACGAGCUGGGAUUGCAGUGACAGUGGCGGGGCUGACGGGUAAAGAACCAGUGCAGUGCAGCAGAAAUGUCAUGAUCUGUCCCGAUGCCAGCUUGGAGGAUGCCAGAAAACAGGGCCCCUAUGAUGUGGUCCUACUUCCUGGAGGAAUGCCAGGAGCACAGAACCUGGCAGAGUCUCCUGCUGUGAGCGAGGUGCUGAAGGACCAAGAUGGCAGGAAAGGCCUUAUUGCGGCCAUCUGUGCAGGUCCUACAGCUCUUCUGGCACAUGGCAUCGGCUACGGCAGCACUGUGACCACACAUCCGGCUAUGAAGGACAAGAUGAUGGCUGGAGAUCGCUAUAAAUAUUCUGAAGCUCGAGUGCAGAAGGAUGGCCAUUACAUCACCAGCCGUGGGCCCGGAACCAGUUUUGAAUUUGCCCUGACGAUCGUAGAGGAGCUUCUGGGGGCUGAGGUUGCCGCUCAAGUCAAGGCUCCCCUCAUGAUGAAAGAGUGACUGGAGCCGCUUCGCAUCCAUUCACUUUGAUCGACUGUUGGAGGACUUGAUAAAAACUGUGGUCCAUAGAUGGGAGAAAAACGUCUAGAUGUUCCCAAUGAUGUCGUCAGCGAAUGAAGAAAACUUCGUUUGCACUUGAAACCUAUCCAGAUUUUCACUUUACCGUGAUCUCUAACACGACCCAUCACUGCACAACACACGCCUUUCUGAAUGACCUUCAUUAAACUCAAUGUUAUAGCAAUUUGUUUCUCAUUUCUU